AUGUCCCUCCCCACGCACUUCACCCUGAACACGGGCGCCGCCAUCCCCGCCGUCGGCUUCGGCACCUGGCAAGCCAAGCCCCUGGAAGUCGAGCAGGCGGUCGAGGUCGCCCUGCGGCAGGGCUACCGCCACAUUGACUGCGCGGCCAUCUACCGCAACGAGACGGAAGUGGGCGCCGGCAUCCGCAAGGCGGGCGUGCCGCGCGACCAGAUCUUCAUCACGGGCAAACUGUGGAACACCAAGCACUCGCCCGAGGACGUCGAGCCCGCGCUCGACAAGACCCUGCAGGACUUGGGCGUCGAGUAUCUGGACCUGUAUCUGAUGCAUUGGCCUGUGGCCUUCAAACCCAGCCCCAAAUGGUUCCCCCUGGACCAAAACGGAGUAUUCGAGCUCUCCCCCACCGACCCGAUAACCACCUACAAAGCAAUGGAGAAGCUCCUCGCCACGGGCAAGGUGCGCGCGAUCGGGGUGUCCAACUUCACGACGGCGCGGCUCGACGACCUCCUGGGCAAGGUGGAGGUCGUGCCCGCGGUGAACCAGAUCGAGGCGCACCCGUACCUCCAGCAGCCGGAGCUGCUGCAGUACUGCCAGCAGAGGAACAUCCUGGUGGAGGCGUACUCGCCGCUGGGCAACAACCAGAGCGGGGAGCCCCGCGCCGUCGACGAUCCGGUCGUGCAGGCGGUUGCGGAAGAGGUCGGGUUGGAUGCCGGGCCGGUGUUGCUGAGCUGGGGCGUGCAGCGCGGCACGGUCGUGCUGUCGAAGAGUGUCACCCCCGCGCGGAUCCGGGCGAAUCUUCACGUCAGACGGCUGGGGGAGGAGGUGAUGCGGAGGCUGGAUGCGCUCGAAAAGGGGAAGAGGUUUAAUUUCCCCGCUAGGUGGGGGUGUGAUAUCUUUGGGGAGGUCGGGGAGGAUGCGGUGCGUCGGGCUGCGCUGGAGGCUGCGGAGGAGAAUUUGGUGAAGUUUAAUGUUUGA